CUAUCUACCCCCAUCCACCCCUCUAUCUAUCUACCUCCAUCCACCCCCUCUAUCUAUCUAUCUAACCCCAUCCACCCCCGCUAUCUAUCUAUCUAUCCAUCCAUCCCCAGCCACUGUCCCUCUUUCCAAAAACACGCCUCCAUCCAUCCUGUAGCCUCUCCACCCACCCGCUGCCCCAGCCUCCAUCCCCACAAACACGCCUCCCCCCACUGCUCCCUGCCUGCCUCGGCCGCCCCUUCCCGCCAGCCAUGCACAAGACCCGCGACCUGCGGGACGACCUCCCGGAGGAUUUUUUCAUCCCGGUGCCUCUGGACACAAACAAUCUGACGUCGCUGAGCCCGUUCCUGGUGCCGCAGACACACCUGGGCAGCCCGGUCAUCUUCAUGGGCAUGUCAGCCUUCAUGUUCCUGCUCAUCGUGCUGGGCGUGCCCAUCAACGUGCUCACCGUCUUCUGCACCGCCAAGUACAAGAAGCUGCGCUCCCACCUCAACUACAUCCUGGUCAACCUGGCCGUGGCCAACCUGCUGGUCAUCUGCGUGGGCACCACCACGGCCUUCUAUAGCUUCUCCCACAUGUACUUUGCCCUGGGCCCCAUGGCCUGCAAGAUCGAGGGCUUCGCUGCCACGCUGGGGGGCAUGGUGAGUCUCUGGUCUCUGGCCGUCGUGGCCUUCGAGCGAUUCCUGGUGAUCUGCAAACCCCUGGGGAACUUCACGUUCCGCGGCACCCACGCCAUCAUCGGCUGCCUCCUCACCUGGGUCUUCGGCCUCGUGGCCUCUGCACCCCCCCUCUUCGGAUGGAGCCGGUACAUCCCCGAGGGGCUCCAGUGCUCGUGCGGCCCCGACUGGUACACGACCAACAACAAGUGGAACAACGAGUCCUACGUGAUCUUCCUCUUCUGCUUCUGCUUCGGGGUCCCCCUCAGCGUCAUCGUCUUCUCCUACGGCCGCCUGCUGCUGACGCUGCGAGCCGUGGCCAAGCAGCAGGAGCAGUCGGCCACGACGCAGAAGGCCGAGCGGGAGGUGACCAAGAUGGUGGUGGUGAUGGUGGCCGGGUUCCUGGUUUGCUGGCUGCCCUACGCCUCCUUCGCGCUGUGGGUGGUGACGCACCGUGGGGAGCCCUUCGACGUGCGCCUGGCCUCCGUGCCCUCCGUCUUCUCCAAAGCCUCCACCGUCUACAACCCCGUCAUCUACGUCUUCAUGAACAAGCAGUUCCGCUCCUGCAUGCUGAAGCUGGUGUUCUGCGGCCGCAGCCCCUUCGGGGAGGACGACGACGUCUCGGGGUCCUCGCAGGCCACCCAGGUCUCCUCCGUCUCCUCCAGCCAGGUGUCCCGGCGUAGCCCUGGACACCCCAGCAUGCCCUGCUCGGGGGUGAGAUAUCCCAGCAUGCCCUGCUCGGGAGAUAUCCCAGCAUGCCCUGCUCGGGGCGAGAUAUCCCAGCAUGCCCUGCUCGGGGGCAGACACCCCAGCAUGCCCUGCUCGGGGCCCUGA